GCAGCAGUCGCUUAAUGCCGCUGUGUACGUGUACUUGUGCGAGUUCGGUCUCAAACUCUCAUCCAUUCAAGCUCAGCAGACCAGAGAGGAGGACAACACUUGGACAGUCAUCCUGAACCUUCCAAAAUACAUUUCAUCCACAUACCAAUUCAAUCAUCUUCCGGCAUGUUCUCCCAUAAAUAUAAAAUCUUGUCGUUGAUGAACUGCCUGUUACUCCUGGCGGUGAUGUUUCCUGCGGUCCAGUCGUGUCGGGGCGGGGGCUUUGGGCGCGGAGGAGGCCGAGGUGGAGGAUGGGGCGGCAGCAGCUCUGGUCGCACGGGCUGGGGAGGAGGCGGUGGACAUUACCGUGCCCCACCAGCCCACACCGGAGGCUCCUCGGGACACAGCACUGGGAAGGUAGCAGGGGCGGCCGCCGCCGGAGCUCUAGGGGGAAUGCUGGUCGGACAUGGCUUGAGCUCCUUGGCCCGACCUGGAUAUGGGUAUGGGCACGGGUAUGGAGGCUAUGGAGGAUACGGAGGCUACGGUGCAGGAUAUGGGCAUGGCCAUGGGUACGGCCACGGUCACGGACACGGGCAUGGUGGUGAGCAUUCAGGAGAUCAUGUUCACAAUGAGACAGAUGUGGAUUAUUACACAGAUGCUGCCAGUUCUGGACCCGUUUAUAGCUGUGUGACAGUUUUUGGACUCAUGAUGUCAUUCUUACUUGGGUACUUUCUGUCAUAAGGGCCACUUAUGGGUCACUUGGCAUGGGUCAAUCUUGGGCACCUUCUUGCAUCUGUCACUUCUUUCAAUACA